UCGAUAAAUCCUUCGGGAGACACAAACUGAACAAAAUUGUCACUUUUCCGAUAGAGGAAAACCCUCCUAAUUUAAACAAUAAAUGAAAUCCUUGCCUACUAUCAGCCAGCUCUGUUAAUGCUAAAGGUAGAGGCGGUAUUCGGUCUCUGUUAGCCGUUAUCACGUUGCUAUCUGAGUCUCCAAACACACCGCCUUUGUGGCGAUGAGCACGGAAUUACUAUCGGAGUUGGACAGCCGAUUCUUCGCUGAUAACCUUCUGACCAGCGAAGACUGGGAUGCCUGCCUGUACCAGUGUGACAGCAUGGAGGAGGGAGAGGACGCGGACCUCAGCCGAGGGUUGAAAUACGACACGUCGUUCGACAAUGACCUUGUGCUCACCCUCGAUCCUGACAACCCCACAUCACCAUGGCGACACAGUGACGAAAACCUGCUCACAGGCGACACGCCGGUGAUAAAAAAUGAAAUGACGAUCACUCAGCCGUUACCAGUGGAAAUGUUGUUCCAGGUGAAAGCAGAGCCUCUCUCUCCGGCAUCUUCACUCGGCUCCGACUGCUCCAUAUCGUCACCAGACCCACAGAUCACAGUUAAAGGCGAAAACCCUCCGACUCCUCCGUACAUGUAUGGAGACGUGCUGUCUCCUCCGCUGGGAUCCAUGGAGGUAACCGUGGCAACAACGGCCGUGCCCCCACCGCAGACGCAGUUACCUGCUCUGACACAGGCGCAGCUGCAGACGCCGUUAACGACACCGAUUCCUGCAGUCAUCAGUGGAUUACAGACACAGGCUGCAGUCCUGCCAAGUUCAGCCACAUUAAAGGCCAGCACCAUCAUGAACACAAAACCUCCCAUUCAGCCCAGACCUGUGUGUGUCACCACCCUACCUGUCCCUCAGACCCCCGCACCAGCCAAGACCCUCAUACUGCAGGGCCUCCCCUCCAUGGACCAGACCAGACCUGUCGUCCUGUCUCAGUCCGUCUGCCUCGGCUCGGCUCCGGCCAUCGUCAAAAUGGAGCCGGUCUCUCCCAGCAUCCCCCAGCACUGUUCCAGCCCCACAGCCCCACCCGCCAGCAAACCCAUCGUCCCGGCGACCACGACUUUACCCGGCAACAACUCCAGUGAUAUCGACAUGAAGGUGUUGAAGCGGCAGCAGAGGAUGAUAAAGAACCGGGAGUCGGCCUGCCAGUCGAGGAAGAAGAAGAAGGAGUACCUGCAGAACCUGGAGGCUCAGCUCAGGGAGGCCCAGCAGGAGAACGAACGACUCCGCAGGGAGAACCAGGCGCUGAGGGAGAGACUGGCCGGGAAAGAGGGCAGCGACUCUGCGAGUAACAAGAGAGCCGUUUGUGUCAUGGCCGUUCUGCUCUUCAUGACCUUCAGCUUCGGACCCGUCAGCAUCACAGACAAGAAGCUGUCGACGGGUCUACAGGACAGCGUGAUGUCGUACACAGGACGACGGCUGCUGGAGAUCGAACAACAACAGCAACAGCAGCAGCAACAGCAGCAGCAACAGCAACAGCCGGUGGCUGCUCAGCCUCCAAGCAGAGUGGAGGACAAGACGGAGACGGAGGAGGACGGAGGAGAGGCAGAGAGAUACGCUCCAGAGUCGUAUCACUUCAGGAACCUGAGUGACGUCUUCAGCGACAUGAAGGACCUGGUUCUCCAGGACAUCGAUCGUUACUUCUCCUCCUCCGACUGCAGACAGUUCAACCGCUCUGAGUCCCUCAGGCUGGCAGACGAGCUGAGAGGUUGGGUUCACCGACACCAGAUCGACAGGAAGAAAUCUGGAGGAAAACCAAAGAUCGCCAAGAAGGCCAAAAUCGCGCAGAAAGCUCAGCUGAGGAAGACAAACUUCUCCAGAUAUCUGCCCAUUCAGGCUCAUCGCUCCAUAGAGAGUCAGCUGCAGGUGCUUCCCGGUCCGGAGGUCACGUACAGCGACUUCCUGGACGCCAUCGACCGCAGGGAGGACACGUUCUACGUCGUCUCUUUCAGACGGGACCACCUGCUGCUACCAGCCAUCAGCCACAAUAAGACCAGCAGACCCAAAAUGUCUCUGGUGAUGCCGGCCAUGUCCGUCAACGAGAGUCUGUAUAACUCCUCUCAGGGCUACGAGAUGAUGAUGCAGGUUGACUGUGAGGUCAUGGACACCCGAAUCGUCCCCAUCAAGUCCUCCGCUGUCCCGCCAUCCCUCCGCGACCCUCCCCCACCUCCCCCCUCCUCCCACCACAACCCUCACCACCAUCACCAUGGCAACCACACCUCACUCCGAGGACGACACCAACAUCACCCGUCCUCCUCCUCCUCACCGUCCUCCUCCUCCUCCUCCUCCUCCUCCUCGUCUCCGAGGCAACCUUUACCCGCCCGCCGACGGACAGCUGAAUAUUUCAUCAGCCAAUCAGAAGGGGUGUGAGGAGACGUUGCGAUGGAAAAUAGAAAACAUGGAGAAUAGUCUGAGAGGAACAUCCAAACCUUCUGAUCAUCCCUGCAGCAGGUUUCCCCUCCUCCUUUUCUGGACAAACCUUCACGAGACACAUCGAGGGAUUAAAUCAGCCAUUACUGUUUCAACACAGCUGUUACUGUCACUAAACUCAAAGUCCUCUUUCAGAUUCUGGGCUUGAAAAUAAAAAUAAAAGCCUCUUUAGAAGAUAAUGCCCUAAUAUAUAAGAAAAUAUUUCUAAAAGUUAGAUGCAGACACAGCAGCACACUGCACUUAGAAAUAGUGCUGCAUUUUAAUAUUUAAAUAUGAAAAUGUACAGUUGGAGUGUAGAGUGGGAGGUUCGUGUGGGUGCUGAGGUUAAAGUUGGUUUGUUUCUGUCGCAGCGCUCAGUGUUGUCUGACAGGGAGCGCUGCAGGGCUGCACAGUUACACUUUCUGCUUUUCACAGGACACAUACAAAAACCUCUUCUCUGUCCUCAGAGAUUCACAGAUCAGCAAUAAAAUAGUUUAUAUAUCACAAGCAAAAAUCGCUAGGUGCAAUGAAACAGAUGUGACUGCGCAGCCCCCGGCAGGACAGACACUCCACACUACUGAUGCUCUCACUCUGUGGUUUCCGUGGAGAUUGUAUAUUUGUGUUACUUGUAAUCAGACUGCACACACAGAGAACGUGUAGUCCCGAUGUUUGUUUGAUAUCAGAGCUGACGGCCAACGCGUGAAGUGGGAUCCUGAUGUGAGCUGACGAACCAGACAGAUGUUAGAUCUCUGUCUCUGCGUCAAAAAUAUAUCAGCUGAUAUUCAUUUUUAACAUAAAAUCACACACUCAAGUAGUUUUGAUUUGGGUUCUUAGGAACAGAAGAACAGAUGUUUUCAAACUGUGAGGCUCCUCAUUAUCUGUGACGUCUGUUGUCGGCGAACCAGAAAUCCACUUAUCAGCAUCAGUAACCACUUCACAGUAUCACUGAGAUCCUUCUUCACGUGGCGUCUGUCGGAUUCAUCCGUGUUUCUUUUUUUAAUUGAGAAAUCAUGUUCUUGUUUUGAAUGGGGAUUAUUUAAUAGCUGUAAAAUAUGAGUGUUCUCUCUGUAGAUAUUUUGCUUGUUUUUUGUCACUUUUUAUAAUUUUUUUAAUUUUUUUUGUCUUUUGGCAACAAAAAGUAAAAGAAAAAGGAAAAAAAAAAGAUCCUCAUGAAGCUUGCAGUGAAAAAAUAAUAAUAAUGCAUUUUCCGUUUAUUGGACCAACCACCUUUAUUCAGUCAUUCACUCUGUUUGAACUCAGGAUUUUCUGUCCUGGUACUAUAUAUUUAUGGAAAUAUGAAAAUGUAGAUUUUUUUUUUAUUGUACAGAAUUAACUUGUAGGAAGCUUCAGUUCCUCCUAAAAAAUAAAACAGAAAAAAUGAUUUCUUCCAAAAUAAGACACGAUUAUUGAGCCUCUUUGACCGGACUGAAUUCUUUUAUUUUGAAAAUGAAGUUUAUAUAAAAUGUCUCAACUCUGAAUCUGAACACUUUUUUUUUUUUUCUUU